CCAAGUUGUCAGGUGGCAACAUGCAAGUUCAUCAAUCUCUGAUUGUGAUGUGAAUUGAAUAAGUAGCAUUUUUUUUUUAUUUUUUCUUCCUACUUUUUUGCCUUUUUUUUAGUUACAAAAAUAUCAUCUGCAUUCUCAGCAUUCAGUUCUACCUCAUUUAUUCCUCCAUACCGUAAUAUAUUUUUAUCAUAUUGCAUUUACCAUGUCCCAACAGCGGGAUGUUAUCGAACAGAAACAAGGCAAUCAUAUCGUCAGGAUACGAAGUGACAGCGAGACGAACUUGGACGAUCUCUUUAAGGCUGUAAUGCAGCCAAAAGGGACUCAAGCCCAUCAAAGUGUGCCUAUGCGUAUGCGAAAUUUGCCACCAUCAUUUUUUCAGCAACCUGAUCGAGGUUCCAAGUCGGCGUCACAUAGUCGGGAAUCAAGCACUGAUAAUACUUAUUCCAGUCCCCCACCCCCGCCUGUCGCUCAGAGCAAUAAUAAUGCUGCUAACAGUACAAAUAGCAAUCAGAGUAGUAGCAAUAAUAAUUCUGUUGGAUCGCCUCCUCCUCCUCCACAACAUCCGAGUGGUUUACCUAUCAAUCAUCCAAGAGCCCAUUCAUCCCCUGCUUCAUUACAACAAACGUACAACAACAAUGCUGCACAACAUCAACAUUUACGACAGCAAAGUUAUGAUAUUACCGAUAAUAUACCUCUUCCCCAAGGGUGGGAGAUGGCAAGAACUGCUUCUGGGCAAAGAUAUUUCCUCAAUCAUUUGACUCAGACGACUACAUGGGAAGACCCACGUAAAAAAUUGAGUACUGGAUCUCUCUCUAAUUCAUCUGGCAUCACAUGUUCAAGUACAAGCACAAGUCCUGCAUCUUCACUUAUCAAUUUGCAAAAUUUAGUUCCGCUGCCUGAUGGUUGGGAACAAGCUACAACUGCAGAAGGAGAAGUGUACUUUAUUAAUCAUAAAACUCGUACCACAAGUUGGUAUGAUCCUAGAAUACCUGUACAAUUACAACAACCUCCUUUAGUGCCAGUAUUAGGAAACAGUUCUAUUGGGCAAGUCCAAAACAUUUUAAGCCUUUCUGGGCCUUUAUCACAGAUCACUGCAGUUUCUGCUACUGGAGCAUCUUCAUUAUCUUCCUUGAGCAGCCCAACUGCACAGCAGCAACAACAAAAGAUCAGAUUACAAAGACUUCAGAUGGAACGUGAGCGUCUUCGCAUACGGCAGCAGGAAAUUUUAAGAGAGAAUUUUGGAAAUCCUCCGUUAAAUGAUUUGAUGCUUCGUCGUACCAUUCGAGAAGACAGCUCAUUGCCAACAUCUCCUGCCAAUACAUCCGAUACAACUCAGUCCAGUAAUCCUAAUCUUGAUCCAUUUUUGGGUGCAGAUUCUGAUUUCCAUUCUAGGCAAGAAAGUGGAGACAGCGGUUUAGGACUAAGUACUAACUACAGUUUGCCUAAUACUCCUGAAAAUUAUCUCAUGGGUAUGGAUGAAGGAACUGAAGAUGUACUUUUAGAUAUUGCUGAAUUAAAUUUGGAAACAAUACCUGGAGCUACUUUAGAUAUGGUGCCAGAAAACAUGGAUUCUGAAGACUUAGAGCCAAGUUUGCAGGAAGAAUUGAAUGCUGAAAUUUUAAAUGACGUUGAAGCUCUUUUAAACAAAGAAAAUGUCAUGAAAUGGUUGUAAAUUGCUAAGGAAUUGAUUCUUUUUCCUGAAAUGUUUUAUAAAUAGCUCUAAACAUUUCAUUUAAAUAAGUGCAUCAUUAUUGACAUUAUUGGACUGUUAGAGUAUUCAGCAUAAUAUUUCAACUAUAAAUUGAUAAUUUAAUUAUCUUUUUAAAAUGAAAAUUGGAUUUCAAAAAUCCAAAUAUGCAGCAGAAUUUAAUUUUUCAAAAUUUUAUUUUUUCAGAACAAAUUCUUAUUUAAAGAGAAAAAAAAAAUAAGAAUUUAUUUUGCAAUAUAAUUGCAAUAUUUCUUUUGCAAUAUGAGUGAACAAUUUUUCUUAAUUUCAUUUAGCUUGGAGUUAGCUAAUUUUGUAAAACAUUUUCUAUCAAUAAUUUGUAAUCAUUUAACUUCCACUAGAAUUAGAUAGUAAAUUUAAACAUAGUAUCAUCUAAAUUCAAUUGAGCAAUAAAUUCUGAAGGAAAGGAAUAAAGUAUUUUUGCUUUGAAUUUUUAAUGUGCAGCUAUAUUUCAAUUCUGUAAAACCAUGCACGUUUUUUCUCCCCUCCUUUUAAUAAAACAGCUAUUUCAUUUUUGUAUAUAGAAGCUCUCCCCCACUGUGCUUGUUUUUCAGUGUGAAAUAUUGAAUACUCUUUGUCUUAAAUUGCAUCACUCAUUAAUUGCAUGAUUUUUUUUUUAAAUUUAGAAGCAACAGCAUUCUGUCUAGAAUUAACUACCCCCUAGAUAAACGCUGGAUAGUAUACUCUCCCCCCUCCCCCAUCAGUGUUUUUCAUUUAAAUUUAUUUCUAAUUGACAACUGUUUUUUGAAGCCAACUUGUUAAAUUUGAAAUUUUGUUAAUUUGGUAUCUUAGCACUUUUUUCUCAGGAAUAAAUGAUUUUAGUGUAUUCCUUUAUUUUGGAAUUUUGUCUUGUGUAUGAGUAUUAGCUCAAUUAUUUCAAUUUGUUGUUUAAUGAAAUAAAUUUCAUGCUAAUUCAUUUCUUUGAGAUAAAAAAAAUUAGUGCUGAUGAAUUGAUGCAUUUUUUAUAUCCAGUGUUUUUGUAAAUAUCAGUGUGAAUUACAAAGUGAUUUUUUUAAUGUUUCAUGUUUAACUCAAAAAUGUUACAUCUGAAAAUAAAUAUUAAUUGGAUGUGGUUAUGCAGUCAUGGAAUUGAAUACUGUUUUAUAGAUUCCAAAUUCAUUGUUAGUGGUGAGAAAACAGCUGUGUGUUAAGUAUUGGUUUAGUGUACUCAUUCUAGCAUAGUUAUAUCCAAUUGUUUAUAUAAUACUCUCAUUAAUUUCAAAUUAUUUUUAAAAAUAAUUGAAUUUUAGCUAAGAAUUUUAGUGAUGUAGAAGUUUUCAAAUUCUACUUCAGUUUAAGAAUUCUUGCACUGUUUUAAGGUCUGAACAUUUUAAUCUGAAUUAUAUAUGUGCCUUUUAUCAAGUGCCUUUAUGUUACAAAAUUAUAAUUAACCAUGUCUUUUUCCAUGUUUUACGUGAGUAGUGACUUUUUUAAUGUUGAAAAAAAUGUUUUUGAAAUGUUUCUUUUUUCUUCUCAUGAAAUGUUUGUGUUGGUAGAAAGAUGUCUUGUCAAAUGGUAGCUCAGAAAGUGCCAUUUAAUGUUUAUUGUAUAUUACUUUUCUUGUUUUUAUUUUUGCUUUUAUAUAAUGAAUUUAUAUAUUUCUCAAAAAUGUAUUCAAAAAUUCCGAUACCUAUUUAAAAUUGAAUUAUAGUUAUUGGAUAUGUUUUCUCUGGGAAGCUUGGUUUAUUGCAUAUAAUUUUUUAGAGUGUUAUUUAACCAGGACUCAAACAAAAUAGUUAAGUAAUGUAAAGUAUUGAAAUCACAUUUUUGUGGCUGGAGGUGAUAAAUAUAAAUUGACAAUUGUGUAAACAGUUUGAGGUAGAAUGGGUAUAGCUCUAUAAAAUAAAAGGUGACUUAAGAUUCUUGUUCACACUGCUGAAUACAUCACCUUUGGUGUGUCCCAAGUUUUUAUACAGUUACAAAGCUUUUUUACUUUUAAAAUCUAAAAUAUCUUUUUAUAGCAAACAGUAAUUUUCUCAAAAUGGUUCAUCAGACAACUGAAGUUAUUUAUCUAUAAAUUAUUGAACAAAAGAAAAUACAUUAAUUCUUCUUUGGGUGCUUCAGAAUACAUCUAAAACUUGGUCCCUAAAAUAGCAGAAAAAUCAGUCAUUGAAAGGAGACAGGGAUUCUUUAUUUAGAAAAACACUGUAUGUUAAAAGCAGAUUUUUAAGCAAGUCAUAUACUCAACAAAAAAUCAAUGUUCCUUUGGCUACAGAGCAAUUAUCUACAUCUCGAUUUAAAUUGUAGAAAAAUAGUAUAUUGAAACCUUCCUCAACCCUCCCCCUUUAAAAAAAAUUAUCUUCUCACAACCUCAAACAUUUCACUACUUUGGUGGCGAAAUUACUCCAUAAAUUUAAGUAUAUCCACAUUAUUUAUAAUCACUACAAAGGAGAUAUCCCUUCCUCCUAUUCAUUUAAAACUGAAACAAUUAUUUCCGGGUUUCCAAUAUGUUAAAAUGGAUUGCUUCAAUUGCGUAAUAAUCUCUCGGCAUCGUUAUCGUUCAAAGGGAUUGCACCUAAAAAUUUUAAUUGAUGAAAGGAAAACUGAAUAGUAUAGAAGUACUAGUCAUUUAUGUAUAAAGAUAUCUUUUUUUUAUAUUUAGUAUAUGAUAUCUAUGCAAAAAUAACCCAACUAAAAUAAUAUAAAUCAAGAGAUUAAUAUUGCAAUCAUAAAUAUUACAUUUUACUUUAAAUUUUCAUCCAAGAUCAAUUUCUAUUUUAUACAGUUUGAUCUUCAGUUUACCCAAGUGGAACUAAAAUUUCUUUUGCAAAUUUGAGUAAUAAUAGAGAGCUUAACACAUAAGUUAAAUGAUUUUGUUUAGGAAUUCCUUUCUGUGACCUAAUUAAACUCUAUGUUUUGCAGUCUUGUUUUACUGUAGCGAGGCUGUUAAUUGGUACUAUUAACAUCUUGUCUUAAACUAUACAUCAUGUGAAGAACUAGUUCUGUUUAAUGGAACUUAAUUCUUUCAAUUAAUUAUCUAAUUGAAUUUGUAGUGUACGUACAUUUUUAUUAUUACCAAGUGCCUUUUCAAGAAAGAUUUUUUAACAUGAAAUUUCUGGAUGUAAAUGGAUGUCUGGCAACAAAAAUGUAUUUUAAUUUUGCAUUAAUACUGUAAAUUAUAAAAAUGCAGUUUUAAUUGUGCAGUGUACUAAAAAAACUUGCUUAUCAUUCCAUUGAAAUUUAAAAUCUCAAUUAUUCAACCACAUCAAAACAUGAUUGAAAUGUUAUGCAUUAGUGACAAUUCAAAUUGACAGUGUACAGAAAAUCAUGCUGUGUUUUAGUAUUCCUUGUAAGAUGAUCCUAUUAUAUUUAAACAUAGUUGAUAUAUAGAGGCAAAGUUUGAAAGAUCAAUAAUUAAUACUUUGCAACCCAUUGUCUUUGAACAAGAAAGCAGAAUUGUUCUACUCGCUGUCGAUUUAAAUUGUCAUUAGCUGUUGUAAUUAAUAAUUGUAAAUUCAUUCUGAAUUGUGUACAUGAAUGCAAUUUAAGAUUUUCCUUUAUUUUAUGCAUUGUUUCUUUUCCUACUUGUGUUUGCAAGCAGCUGAAAAAGAAUUUUGUUCAAAAUUAGGCUGUCCAUUUCCUGUUAAUUUUAAUAGCAAAUUAACUAUUGUACCCGAAAUAUUGAUAAAAAUAGAUUUCAAUUUGCUAUAAAAAGACAAGAAUUUGGACAUGUCUAAGAGUUGAAAUUUUCAUGUCUUGUAGGAAGACUUUUGCCAUAUACAAUGAAAGCCAUUUAUUCAGCCAAACCUUUUCUUUGUUUUUACAUCAGGCAUACUCUAUUUUCAAUGCCAUACUUUUUGUAAAUUUCUUCUCAUUUGUCAGUGAUUUGUGCCAAACAGACACUGUUCUGGCUUUAUUUAAGCCAGCACUAUUUUUGUCAUUUCUAUUUAUCGUGUAUAAGGGAUUAAUAGUAAUGUAACAACUUAUUUGGCAGCUAGUUGCAAAUUUUAAAUAUAUAUAUAUAUAUAUGAUCUUACAUUUAAAUAUCAUAAUUAUAUUCUUUGCUGAAAAAAAUAAAAUUCCGUCCAUUAAAUUUUGGCAUCUGUUCUAGAAUAAUAAGAAUAUACAGACUGAAAUCCCUUGUACAUUUCAUCAUUCAUAAUUGCCAUUGCAUUUCUUUUCAUUACAAUCUAUGCAUUUAAUUGUUUCAAACUAUUCAUUAUGAAAGCAGUUUCCAGUAAAAAAAGUGUAUCUUUAUAGAAUCACAGUUCUAAAUCUGUUAAAUGUUGCAAGAUCUGUUAUACAAAAAUAGAUGUGUAAAUACUCAUAAUAUUUACCACUUGUUUAAUUUACAAAAUUUUAUUAAUUGCUGUUGUAACAAAAUUCAAUUUACAUGAAUUUGCACAUGUUAAAGAAAUAAAUAUCACCUGUUAAAUGUAAUUUUAAUAUGUUUCAUAUUAAAGUUUCCUGGA